AUGUGGGAAAUAUCCAGCAGCUCCUGGAAUCCUCAAUGUAAAGUGGUAAUCACUGCCACCAUGAUCAACAUCAUAAAUUCCAUUUGGUAUGCUAGAAACCAAAUGAGGUUCAAAGAUAACAAGAUUCCAUGGAAAACUUCUCUUUCCAAUGUGUUAGCCUGCACAACUCUUUGUGGUAAUCUGACUACGGCUGUGGCAUCUUCCAGCAUCUCUAAUUUUGUCCUCUUGAAAAAGUUCAAUGUCAUCCUUCACCCUCCAAGGGCCCCUAAGAUCAUAGAGGUGAUCUGGAAGCCUCCUCCUCCUAAUUGGAUCAAGUGCAACACUGAUGGGUCCUCAAAUAAUAUCAUAUCGUCUUGUGGUGGUGUCUUUAGAGACAAUAACUCCAACACUCUCCUUUGCUUCGCAGAACAUACAGGUAUAGGGAAUGCUUUCCAUGCAGAGCUUUGUGGUUUCAUGAGGGCCAUUGAACUAGCUGAGCAAUACAAUUGGUCCAACCUUUGGUUGGAAUGUGAUUCUGCCAUUGUCAUUAAUGCCAUCAAGAACAAAUCUCUAAUCCCAUGGGAGAUUAGAAAUAGAUGGGAGAAUUGUAUGUAUAUUAUUUCUUCUAUGAAUUUUUUUGCUACUCAUGUAUUUAGAGAGGGGAAUGCAUGUGCAGAUUCUCUAGCCAGUCUAGGAUUAACUCUUGAUCACCUUAAGAUUUGA